AUGGCGACGGACCAGUCCCCCGAGGACAACCUCGCCACGACCGGGCCCUCGUGGCUCGCCGGCCUCGUCAUCGGCAUCAUGAUGCUCAUGCUGGCCGCCUUGUCCGUCUCCGUCUGGUAUUUCAUGCGCCGCGGCGAGCAGCAGCAGGGACGGCGUGAGGUCGACGUCGAGGCCGCGCCGGGCCCCAACAGAGUCAACCAUCUGGAUGCCGUGGCGGCGAGCCAACCCUUCAAGAAACUCCGCGCCGAGAUGCCAGAGGACGGCGGGUGCUCGAAAGGCACCACCUGCGCCAUCUGCAUCGAGCUCGUCGAGGACAGGGAAAUGGUCCGCAGGCUGGGCUGCGGUCACGUAUUUCACUCGUCCUGCAUCAUGCGCUGGUUCCUCAAGCAGCAUGACAUCUGCCCGCUGUGCAAGGCUUGCUUCAUGGUCAAGAGCGAGAGCAGCAGCACGGAGAGGCAGUGA